AUGCUCCCUGAAAUCCUCGUCAUCUGCCUCACCUUUCCCCUGCUCUCCCUCGCCGCCCGUCCAAAAAACGCCAUCCUCCUAUCAGAGGUCCAGUCACUUACCCUCCGCGGCCAUGGCGCCAAGACAACAAACCGUCGCGUCUCCGCCAUCCCUCAACUCAAGUGCAUCUCCUCGAGAGACGGUUCUUCCUACGGCGGCGAGGACAUUGAAUGGAGCUGCUCCGCCUCUCUGCCUGAGGAGCUCAAGCUCGGAAGUACCGAUGUCAUCUGCGAAGGCUACUCCUCGCCUGACGACCCUUUUGUCUUCAAAGGCAGUUGUGGUGUCGAGUACAGGCUGAUCCUGACGGCAAAGGGGGAGUCCAGGUACCCAGACGCCUGGCCCUCUGACGGCUUCUUCAGCGACGGCUCUGGAGGCACCGACUUGUCGGCUUGGCUGUUCGCCAUCAUAUUCGUCGCCAUCCUCGGCUGGAUCCUCUACUCGGCCUGUCUCGGCGCCCAGGGCCAGAGACGGCAACCCAGGGCCGGGGUAGGACAUCGCGGCGGUGGCGGCGGCGGCGGCGGAGGAGGAGGCUGGAAUCCUGGCUGGGGGCCCGGCGACGACCCUCCGCCGCCAUAUCCUGGUACCAAGCCCUCCUCUACCCAGUCGCAAGGCUGGACGCCGGGCUUCUGGAGCGGCCUGCUCGGCGGUGCUGCUGCCGGUUACAUGGCCGGCGGUCGCAACCAGCGCAACGAUGAUGGCCGACGACCCUACGCAAGCAACUGGGGGGCAGGGCCUUCCGGCUCAUCACUCUACUCUCCUCCCUCUGGCUCCGGCGGCAGCUCUUCCCGACACGAAAGCACAGGCUUUGGCUCGACUCGCCGUAGAUAG